AAAUGUUAUUUUCAGACUUCAGGUCGCACUUACAAAAAGGAUUUCUUGCAGUGAUUGAAUUCGUUACAGCAUUUUGAAAUACAAUCAACGAAAGCAAGAUUUUUAGUUUCUUCAGUUGGUUUAUUAAUAGUUAACAAAAUUGCUUCCACAAUGACAGUUACGCGGGUUGCGGAAUCCCGCACAGAAUUUAAGUUAAAAAGUCUUCCUGAGGACGCUAUAUCAAGUGUUAAGUUUGCGCCAAAAUCUAACCAGUAUCUUUUAGUGUCCUCUUGGGAUUGUUCAGUGAGACUUUAUGAUGUGUCUGCUAAUAUUGAAAGACACAAAUACACCCAUGAGUUGCCUGUUCUCGAUGUUUGUUUCAGGGAUGCAGUCCACUCAUAUAGUGGUGGUUUGGAUCAGACGCUUAAAAUGUAUGACUUGAAUGCAAGUACUGAAACUAUAUUAGGAGAUCACAAGGGCGCAAUACGUUGCGUGGAAUUCGCUAGUGAAGUGAAUGCAGUGUUGACUGGCAGUUGGGAUGGAACGGUCAAAAUGUGGGAUAGCAGAGUGCCAAACUGUGUGGGGACAUACAAUCAAGGCAAUGAAAGGGUGUACACAAUGAGUAUUGUAGGUGAGAAGUUUGUAGUUGGUACAUCAGGACGCAAGAUAUUUGUCUGGGAUGUUCGUAACAUGGGUCAUGUGAACCAGAGGAGGGAAUCGUCUCUCAAAUACCAGACUCGAUGCAUAAGAGUCUUCCCAAAUAAGCAGGGGUAUGUGCUGAGCUCCAUUGAGGGCAGAGUGGCUGUAGAAUAUCUGGACAGUAACCCCGAAGUGCAGAAGAAAAAGUACGCCUUCAAAUGCCACAGGAUAAAAGACGGAGGUGUGGAAAAAAUAUAUCCCGUGAAUGCAAUCAGUUUCCAUUCGGUGUACAACACAUUUGCAACGGGAGGCUCUGACGGCUACGUGAACAUUUGGGAUGGAUUCAACAAGAAGAGGCUCUGCCAGUUCCACAGGUACAACACAGCAGUGUCGUCGCUCAGCUUCUCGCACGACGGGUCGGCGCUGGCGAUCGCCUGUUCGCAGCUGGACGAGACUCAGAUAGAGGAGCCCAAGCCCGAAGAUAUCAUCUACAUCAGAUACGUGACGGACCAAGAGACGAAACCCAAAUGAGUGACUCGCCCGUAGAUUGAUUAGUUGUGAUAUUGUUUGUGUUAUGUUGCAAGUGUUAUUUUGGAAUAAUCGUUUUGCUAAACCUGUCUAGGGGAGUUACUAUGAUGUCUUAAGGCAAGAGUAAUUGCUGUGAGAGAAAAAGACAGUGGUAUAGGUUGCUACCUGAAUAUUGUGACGUGUUAAAGAUAGAUGAUUUAUAUAGAUCGUCUUUUUCCAGCACUGGAGUUAGUAUUGCUUUAAGACGUCACGGUAAUCCUUUCAUCAGUUUGGAAGGAUUUCCAUGAAAGAUCUGAACAAAUCGCGCUUUUUAAUUUAACAAUAUCACUAACUAAGAAAUUCUACCGGGACGCAGAGAAAUGUUUAGCCUUAAUAUAAUAUUAAGUAUUGUACUGAUAAGUUUGGAAAUAAAUCUAAUUUUAAACUUGUUUUAUA